AUGCUGUCUGUAAGACGUUUUUAUUUAUUUGCACUGAGAUGUCGCCAGUGUCAGACUUGGAGUAGUGAUCCCUUGUUAAGCCAGCUAAAUAACUGCAUAAAUGAAGAUCAAGUGUUUGACGUUGUUGGAAAGAACAAAACCAAACUUUCUGAAAAACACGUGGGAAGGGCAAUUAAUAUACUUUGGGGGUUUCAAAAGAAGAAGCCUGAGCCUCUGAGGCUUACUGAUUAUGUAAAAAAUCACUCCCAGUUUCUUAUACUUCGCAUUUUAGCAGAAAACAAGAUUGAACAAAUGGAUAAUGAAGCAUUAGUGGAUAUUCUGUAUAAUUUACUCAGGUAAGCCAUAUAGUAUGAUGCUGAAAUGUAAUGGGGUAAGUUUAUUAACCUGGGUUUAAAAAAGUAAUUGUGUUUUUUUUAAAAUAUAUGCUUAAACUGAAGCAUCCUGGUUGCUGCAAAAGCACAGCUCACUCGUACAAUGCCUGUUUAAAAUUUGCUCAUAUUUCUCUAUCUAAACAGUGUAUGAUCUAAUGAGUCAUCCUUCCCUGUGUCUGACCUCCAUAAAAAUGUAUGAGAUUACUCUCACGUAGCAGAUGUUAGGUGUACAAGGCGGUGUAGGGGCUGACAAUUACAGGCACAAUCAAACCAAAGCAAAGGUAGCUUGGCUGCCAGUAUUUUCUCCCAUUGAUGUCCUGAUGUUAGGCAGUUCAGAGGGAAACUAGACAAUCAUUGCGGAGAUGACAACAACUUCCAGAGGGUUCUCACUAUUGGUUACUGCAGGGAUGGGGAAUCUGUGGCCUUCCAGUUGUUGUUGGACCACAGCUUUCAUCACCCGUGGUCAUUGGCCAAUGCAGGCUGGGGCUGAUAGGAGUUAGAGUCCAAAAAGUUUGAAAAGCAAAAUACAAAGUUCCAGCUGUGGCUGACUUUCUGUCCCAAGCAGGUAGAGCAAUGGAGAAGAAGGAGAGCCAAGUGUUAAGGGCUGAAUGUGAGCAAAUGCAGUUAUGCAUAUUUACGGUUGUUUACAGCGGAGAUGAGAGGAAAUUCAGCCUCUCAGUAAAAUAUUCCAUCGGCGCAAGCCUUUUUGCCUGCCUGGCGUAACAACCUCUCCUCUUCUACCACUUGCAUGCUGUUUGUGAGUUCUCCCAAUCCCCACAGUGCCGAUUUGGGGGUGCAAUGGGAGGCGAGGGGGGGACCCCAUUGCGCCAGCAGGAGCCCUUGAACUGGCUCCUACUAGUGGAACUAGGAAGCUGAACCUGGCCCAGGGAUUUAAGUGGUUAAGUAAAAGGCCUUGAAGAAAAUGUGGGGUUUAAAGGGUUCCAAGCACUGAUCUGUUCAUAGUUGUAAGAGGCUUUCUAGAACGCACAGGGAAAGUGUUCGGUAAGUACAAAACUCUAGCAACCAGCUAUCUGUAAUACAUUUAAAACUGCACAGGUUCUCCCCCCCCCCAAUCUCUGUUAAAAUAUCUAUGCAGAGCAUUUGACUUGUCUUUUGGUCCUUGUGAAGGUUUGGAAUUGAGGCCCAUGAUUCGCUGGUUGAAGAGCUCGUCAUGGAAUGCUGGAGAAGAUUAAAUGGGCAAGUACACAUUAAAAUUAAAAUCCUAGAAAUUGAAAGCUUGAGAGCUCAUGCUUAUAAAAACUAUAACAAGGUUAGUACUGACAAGCUUAAUUAUUAAAAGUAUGGUAGGCCCCUUUCUCUCUUCAAAGCUGAAGUAGUGCACUGAGGACCAUUGUACCAAUAAAGGCAGCUACAGAUUUAAGAAUGUAACACUCCUGGAUAGAUUUUGAAAGGUGAGUUUAGGCUUAAAUUUGAUAGCUAUGUAACUGGCAGUAAGGCUAACUAACCUCAGUGGGAUUUAUUUCAGUAUAAGAUUUCACUGUUAAGAUUCCUAAAUGAAAGCAGUGGAAGACUUGGUUUUAAACCAGUUUAUAGAAGAAUCUAUAAAGAUUUAUGGGAGAAAAUAACCUCUGCUCCAGUCCGCCCUUCCCUGAGGAAGUUAAAGUGUACCAGAACAAUAAACUCAAGAAUCUGGGCUAAUAUCUAAGCUUUAUGAGCGAUAUACAUAAAACUAGUUUUUAAAAAAUAAAUAAAUCACAAAAUCAGCAAAAUUUAAAAAGAAGAUAUAUACUGUAUGUUAAAUUAUGUGACUCAGUGGGCUUGGUGACAUGAAGAUUUCAGCAGGGAUUUAAAGUAGUACAGUGAGGGUGCCUUAUGUAGAUAGGCAGGGAUUUGGAAAACUUUAAUGUUCAGGGCUGUGGUCAGUCACAAGCUCACUUUGGGAUACAUGUUGCUCUUGUGUCUGAUCUGCACCCUAGAGCCCUCCCUGUCCUCUCCCCCGCCUCCAGUUCUGAUGCACAUUUAAGUAAAACUUUAAAGGGAAAGAAGGACAAGGCAAGGACCCUCUGCUAAGUUGUACCUGACCUAAGGUGGUCACAACAGCAGUACUACCACUGUACUUCAAAUAUAUGCUAAAUAAAAAUAAGAAGCUGCUCCCCAAAUGCAUGUUGGGUUAAAGAUGACCCCCAUUCUGAAAUGGUUGGAGGCUACUAGUCUAGAAAUAAUAUUUACCACUUGCCAGAGGGGGCUGAGGCUGGUUAUUUACAUGUUUCUGUAUGGUCCAAUGAAAGUCAGUCUAAAUGUCGUGUGGAGCCUUAAUGGACAGCUCUUGAGUUAAAAUUCUCAGUAUGCCAAUUUUGAUUGGUGGGUACAGAUUCAGAAUUUUCAGUUAGAUGGUGUGAUUGGCUGGGGCUAGACUGGAGGGGCCAGAAGAAGUGUAUAUAAUACUACUGGGUGCUGGUAAGCAGUACUUAGUUGAGUUAGGUAGGACACAUCCACACUUCUGCUUGUCUAGAAAGCAUGGGUCCAAGAGGUUUUUUUGCUUGACCCGCUGCUGGGAAACCUGCUGUUUACCACUGAAGAUGAACAAACAUCAAUCCACAGAGAAACCAAUUGGCAUUUGUUCCAGUUCAGGUUUUCCCAGGGGAAAGCAAUGGGAGAAGUGGAACUGUAAACAAGCCCUUGGUCAGAGUUGUGGUUGGUUGCCAGUUCCACCAGAAGACAAUGCCAGGAUCAGGGAAGAAGCUAGAUCUGAGAAUGGCCAAAGACUUGCUGGGGGAUAGCUGAAUCAUGUGGCUUAGGCCGAAAAUACCGGGGGAGUUGUUUUGGGAUGACUGGUAGGAGUACCAGAAAUAUUAUUUCCAUGGUAGUACAGUGAGACAAACCUUUGCUUCAAUAGAUCAGUGAAAGUUUGGAAAAAACAAACACUUCCAGCAGAGUCCUCAGCUAAUGUACAAUGGUACCUCAGGUUAAGUACUUAAUUCGUUCCGGAGGUCCGUUCUUAACCUGAAACUGUUCUUAACCUGAAGCAUCACUUUAGCUAAUGGGGCCUCCCACUGCUGCCGUGCCGCCGGAGUACGAUUUCUGUUCUCAUCCUGAAGCAAAGUUCUUAACCUGAAGCACUAUUUCUGGGUUCGCGGAGUCUGUAACCUGAAGCGUAUGUAACCCGAGGUACCACUGUACUGAGGAGGUUUAACGAGGGUGGAGAAAAUAAAAGGUCAAUUUGGCUAUAGCAUGUUAAUUGGGUAACCGAUUGCAGUGUAAGGUAGAGGUGCCAUAUGUCUGUCGAAAAUGGCGUCCUGGCUGAAUUUUUGAAAAUUGUUUAUAAUUCUUCGGGAAAACCCAGGAGUAUGUCAGCCCAUUGCAAAUUUCCUAAAAAUAGCUUUAAAACUUUGCCCCCCUCCCUUCUAGUAUCAUGAGUGGACUUUGGUACCGUAAUAUGGUGCCCUCAACAAGGGAAAAAAAUUGCCUCCACCCCAUUCUUAUUUUCACAAUAAUUACUUUUGGUAUAAUUGCUUUUAUAUGCAUCUUUUCAGUAGGUACCUAUAUAAAUAUAGGGAUGAUGAUAAUGAUGAUAGUGAUGCACAUACUUGGCUUGGCAGGGGAACUGUCCUAAAUCUAGCGCUGGUGGCCUGGUUUUAGCAGAACCAUUGGAGUGGAAGUUGGGUUUUGUUAUUAUAGAGUACCGUAUUUUUCGCUCUAUAAGACGCACCAGACCACAAGACGCACCUAGUUUUUGGAGGAGGAAAACAAGAAAAAAAAAUAUUCUGAAUCCCAGAAGCCAGAACAGCAAGAGGGAUUGCUGUGCAGCGAAAGCAGAGAUCCCUCUUGCUGUUCUGGCUUCUGGGAUAGCUGCGCAGCCUGCAUUUGCUCCAUAACUCGCACACCCAUUCUCCAUUACUUUUAGAAGGGAAAAAGUGAGUCUUAUAGAGCAAAAAAUACGGUAAAUAAGUAAAUACCCCCCUUCCCUUCACAAAGGGCAUCAGCCGUCUCAAGGCAGCUUACAAGGUAAAAUAACAUACAACAAACCACACUUAAUAAAACCAGCAGUAAACAGUAAAAAGAAAACCAGUCCAGAAAUGUUAAAAUCUGUUUUACAAGGUACUUGAAAGUAGUAAUGUAGGAUGACCGAUAACUGCAGGAUGUAAAGCUAUUAUAAUUUGUUACCAAGGGACAGUAGCAGGUUUGCUUGUUAUUUUUAAAUCAAUAAUGUAAGUAAGCAGUGAACUGCUCUUCAAGAAUCUCUUAAAUUUUGUAUAUAGGUAAAUGUUUUUUUUAAAAAAAUUAAGAGAUGUAUAUAGGUAAAUGUUUUAAAUAGGGACGCGGGUGGCGCUGUGGGUAAAACCUCAGCGCCUAGGACUUGCCGAUUGAAAGGUCGGCAGUUCGAAUCCCCACAGCAGGGUGCGCUCCCGUUGUUCGGUCCCAGCGCCUGCCAACCUAGCAGUUCGAAAGCACCCCUGGGUGCAAGUAGAUAAAUAGGGACCGCUUACCAGCGGGAAGGUAAACGGCGUUCCGUGUGCUGCGCUGGCUCGCCAGAUGCAGCUUGUCACGCUGACCAUGUGACCCGGAAGUGUCUGCGGACAGCGCUGGCUCCUGGCCUUUAGAGUGAGAUGAGCGCACAACCCUAGAGUCUGGCAAGACUGGCCCGUAUGAGCAGGGGUACCUUUACCUUUACCUAAAUGUUUUAAAGCUUUUGUAAAGCAGGCUUUUCCUUUUAUAUCCUCACAGACUCAGCAUGCCUCUGCUAUCUAAAUUUGCAAUGUGCCUACAUGACCAACAAAUGUACUUUAGUCCUCUCACUGGUGAGAUAGCUGAUAUUGUGAAUAGGAACUUGGAUUCCAUACAAGAUGGGAGGUAAUCUUAAUUUAAUAAAUGUCUCAGAAUAAUUGAGAGUAUUUUUGUUACCGUUCUCAUGCAUAUACAGCACUACUGUAGCAUACUUGUUUAGGCCUCUCUUGUUGUUGUAAGUUAGCUGAACACAAUUCUAAUGAAGGGGCACCUGACAGGACACCCCGUAUGUGCGUAGGUUCCUUGUGGAUAUCAUUUUUACUGUGUUUUGUCCCUGUGGAUUUAAAUCCUCUUCCGCUGCAAUCCUACAGUCCCUAGGAGGGCAUUGCAGGGACCCUAGGAUAUUGCAGAUCUCUCUUCAUCGGCAGAGAAAGAUCUGCCCUUCUGAUAUGGAAAUAUUUCCGCUAUUUUGCUUGAAAACACUCCAGUCUGCAUAGCAUUAAGAAAAGACUCAAGAACAGCUUUGCCUUGAAGGCAAAAUGCUUUUUCCUUUAAUUUUUGCCUCUUUCAAAUAGAGUUUCAAAAAAAAGAUACCCAGUUUCAUACUGCCUCAAAACCUUACCUCCCCUCCUCUAGUCCUUUCCAUUUUUAAUGUAAUGUCCUUUUAAAUAUUGUUGGGUUCGUUCAAUCACUGCAUACUUUUUUUGGAAUGUUUUUAGGGUCUUGUCAAUUUUGAUGGUCAGCAUAUCUGGUGUUAUCUCGCAGCAUUUUAGAGAUCGGUUAAUACAGAAGGCAGAGUUUCUUCUGGAAACCUCGGAAUCUGCCCCCUUGAAUAACGCCAGACGAUUUGUACAGUUUCUCCGGAAUGUCAAACUACCACAUCGACCAUUGCUGGACAAGUGUAACAAAGUUUUUCUUCAGAAUGCGAACCAGCUAGGUGUUGAUCGUGUAGUUAUCAUCCUUGGACUUUACCAGGCUUUACAAUUCAGCAACAUUGAGUUAAAAUUAGUUGCUAAACAGAAACUGAUGGAAGCAAUGGAUGACUACAAUAAUUCUUCAAGCUUCCCUCGACUGUUUGUUACCCUUGCACCCAUGGCAGGACCAGAGGUCAGAGAGCGGUAAGUUUCACUUCUGGCUUACUUGGUGUGCAUGUGAAUACAUUUUUCCUUAGAAAAGGAAGUGAAUUUUUCCAUGCUUUAUCUGAAGACCAUUGCUAUCUGAGGCAGAAUAGGCUGCAGUUCAACAAAGGGAAACUACAAAUGCAAUGGAGUUGUGCUCGGCUUAUGCUAUUAAUGCUGAAACACCCUCCUGUCGACUUGCUUUGUUACUAUUGUUGACCCAAAUUGACAAAAUAGAUUUCAGGUUGCAUAUAUGCACACACACACCUUGCCAUUGUGUUCUUUUUCACUCCAUCUGUGACAAAUUCUCUUGUGCUGAGGAAAGGCAACACAACAACGGCCUUGUUGAGCACACUUAACUCCUUCCUCAGAAGUAAUGGAGACUGCAGAAUUAGUCACAGGCUCAAAUCCAAAGAGAUGUGCACAGAGUUUCUGUUACCCUGAAAAUGUCUUCAGAAAUUUGAAGUUCCAUGGGUACCAUCAAUAGCAUAGAACUAGAACAGAGCACUCUCUAUUCUCUUGGUCCAUUUGAACAGUUUUGGUAUUUUGUUGCAAUAUUUAGACUGCUCUUUCAUCUCAAUAUGCAUUUGUUGAUACCAACAGCCAACAAUAAUUGCUUGUUCCAAAAGUAUUUCUGUACAGAAUCAUGUGGUUUGUGUUGCCGUUUUUCUUUGCUCACAAUGGCACAAGAGAUGAGGGGGCUGAGGUCACUGUUCCCUACAGAAAGAACAGAAGCUAAGGUUCCAAAUUUCACCCUUCACCAGUCCAGAACCAAAAGUGUUAUUAUUUAUUUGCCUUGGAUCAGCUGCAUGCUUUUCCUGCAUUGUCUCAUAUGCUGCCCUUGUGAUGGUGGAAGAGCACAUUACCGAAUCUGGGACUUAGGAAACAUGCUGUAUUUGUAGCUGUAUGUUGUUGUUUAGUCGUUUAGUCGUGUCCGACUCUUCGUGACCCCAUGGACCAGAGCACACCAGGCACUUCUGUCUUCCACUGCCUCCCGCAGUUUGGUCAAACUCAUGCUGGUAGCUUCGAGAACACUGUCCAACCAUCUCAUCCUCUGUCGUCCCCUUCUCCUUGUGCCCUCCAUCUUUCCCAACAUCAGGGUCUUUUCCAGGGAGUCUUCUCUUCUCAUGAGGUGGCCAAAGUAUUGGAGCCUCAGCUUCAGGAUCUGUCCUUCCGGUGAGCACUCAGGGCUGAUUUCCUUAAGAAUGGAUAGGUUUGAUCUUCUUGCAGUCCAUGGGACUCUCAAGAGUCUCCUCCAGCACCAUAAUUCAAAAGCAUCAAUUCUUUGGCGAUCAGCCUUCUUUAUGGUCCAGCUCUCACUUCCAUACAUCACUAUUGUAGCUGUAUAGUUAUCAGUAAAGGAACCACACAAUUCUCCUGCUCUUGAAGAUAUUACUCAUUCAGUGUGACCCUAAGUUAAAAUGCUCCCUGAUGGGGAACCUCUAAUCCUAAAUGUUUACUGGAGCUGUGUGUGUUUUAAGGUUAUCUUUCAUUCUUUCAAGAUACAUUAAAAGCUUCACUUUGUGGAGUCUGUUUCCAUUUCCCCAAGCACGCUUCUUUCCCUUUUUGAAAUAAGAGUGAUAUACACAACUCUGUGACCUCUUAAACUGCUGGAAAUCUGUAAUAUUUUGUAUGUUUAUUUUUAGGUUAACUGAAACUGCUCUACUAGUGGCAGAUGAAUUUGACCAUCAGCAAACAUUGGCAGUGGCGGACACUAUGCAAGAAACAGAAAUCAGACAUCCACAACUGAUUCAAAAGUAAAACUUCAGUACAAAAUGGCGACUCAAAAUGUUCUCAAUUUCUGUAACUUCCCUUUUCUGACUGUUCAGAAUGCAGCAAGUGAAAAAUCUGUAACUUCUGUUUAGUUUAAGAAUGACUGAUACAGAACGCUGAAUAUGCUUGCACUAUAUGAUAUGCCAUUGACUUACCUUACACCACAGUCCUAAACACAUCUAUUGGAAGCAAGUCCCAUUGAUUUUAGCAGAACUUGCAUCCAGGUAAGCGUGCCUAGGAUUAUGGUGUAACUCAUCACUGUUUGGUUGACAUUAAGCUCAUUUGACUUAAUGUUUUUUUUGUGGAAAUGUAUGCUGGAAUGUGCACAAGAUAUGUCCUGACACAACAGGUGUUAGUAAACCCCAGUGAAGCUGGUGAACAAAAACAGCAAAGUUAUUUUGUCCCACUUUGUGCCUGAGGCCAAACUAGGCAAAACAUUAAAUGCAUCUUUACGCUUAAUGUACCUGCUUUUAAAACGGAAAAUCUAUCCCAUGAAGCUGUUUUUGCAUGGCCACAAAGAAUCCCAUAGUGCCAACAGGAGGUUUUCUUACAAUUCAAAUAAGCAGCUUUAGAGAAGAGGUUUUCAUCAGAAUGGCAGCAGGAGAGAAAAGGCUUAAAUCCCACCCACCUGUUCCAUUCCUAAUUUCUGAUCCCUCUCACAGCAGCUAUUUACAAUUUUAAGCAUGCAUAUUAAAUAUAGGAAGGUAUUUAACAUCCCAUCUAGUUUCCCUGUUAUGGUGGCUUGGGGUAAAAAUUAAAGAGCAGAGAGAAAAUAAUUUUCCUGCAUCUACUUGGUGUUUUCCCUUUCUCUGUAUGGUGCCCUGAAAUUGCUGCAAAUACAGUGACCAGGAUCAAGACCAGCAUGAACUUUUAGUCUCCCUAAAAGUAUGAGGGCCUCCAACUGAAUGACAUUUUUCUUCCUCCUGCCAUAUAUGAGUAGAGGUGCUUUUCACUCAUAUGUUGUUUGUGUCUGUUGGAUACGGUCCACUGUCAUGGAAAGCGGAUAACACUUUCUUCCUUUCCUCUGUGAAAAAGUUAAUUUAGUUUAUAGUAUUCUAUGGUAUACCCAGCUUGACUCCUUCCAUUUACAGAAGGCUCUGGGAUUCAGCUGGCACUUAGGUAAAUGACAGGGGUGUUUGACUUGUUUUGGUCAAAUCCUCUGCCUCCAGAGCAGACAUUUCAGGUUGCAAGGGGCUGCAGGAGAAAGGGGGAUAAAUACAAAUUGCUUUCCCAUUUCCGUUAAUAUUAGCCUCUACCAUAUCAAAGAAACAUCCACAAACAGAAGGACACCGUUGGAUCCAUUCAUCCUUUUAUUAACUAUGUUCUUUAAUUAAGGACAGGAGUCCAGAUUGCUGCCAGUGAAGGCAAGGCCAAUAUGGACCUGAUUUUCAGAUUACACCAUUUUUAUCGCUGGAAUAAAACAAUAUAUCUAUUUGCAGCAGUGUAUGGGUAUCCCAACUUUGUUCAAGUUUCUGGAUAUAACCCAGUGAUCGCCAGCCUUUCAGGGCAAAGGGAUGGUCACUUCUGGAAUCUGAGGGAGUGCCACAGGGUACCAGCUGAAAAAUAGCUGCCAUGGAGGAUAUGGCAUAAUACAAAAUGUACAAUUCUGGGAUCUAGUGAAAUGUGGGCGUGUGUUUAAGGGCGUGAGCUCAUUGUAAAAGAAGCUGAGCCACUGCAAACAGCAGCAGAGCAGGAAGAGUAAACAUUCUAUCAUGCAUUGUGGAUUUUUGAAGGGACAUUUACCAUGUCUUUCCAUGGGCACUGCAAAGAGGUAUUGACAGGCACAGUGGCACCCACCGACAUCAUGGUGGUGACCCCUGGCAUAACAACACAUGAAAUGCAGGACAUCAUUAUCAGAAAGCAUUGACAGAUCCCAAGCAGCCUGCUUUUGCUGUUGUGCCGAUGUUACAGAUAACUCCAUUCAAAAUAGAUUUAUGAUCCGUCUUGUAAUUUAAUGUGUGUGCAUCUCAGGGCCAGGGCAGUUUGUAAAAUACAUCUUCACUAUUAUUUGAAAGGCUUUUAAUUUCACCCUGAUAUUUAGCCUCAUCUGCUUUUGGUUUUCAGGAUUGUGUCUCUGCUUUACAAACAUAUGGAUCUCUACAAACCAGUAGAAUUGGCCAAAUUGACCUACGCCCUCCUCCUAUUUCAUUGCUCCAAUCCUGAGAUUUAUUCCAAAUUACAGAGAUUGCUCACCAGGUAAGAAAGCACAUUUUAUCAGCAAAUAUAUUCUGAUGAUCGCUUUCUUUAUUAAUUUGUUACAUUUGAAUCCUUCCCUUCUUCCUUAUCAGAAUUCAAGGAAGUGUUGUUGUUGUUCAGUCGUUUAGUCGUGUCCGACUCUUCGUGACCUCAUGGACCAGGAAGUACAGUGGUACCUCGGGUUAAGAACUUAAUUCAUUCCGGAGGUCUGCUCUUAACCUGAAACUGUUCUUAACCUGAAGCACCACAUUAGUUAAUGGGGCCUCCCGCUGCUGCCGCGCCACUGGAGCACGAUUUCUGUUCUCAUCCUGAAGCAAAGUUCUUAACCCAAGGUACUAUUUCUGGGUUAGCGGAGUCUUUAACCUGGAGCGUAUGUAACCUGAAGCGUAUGUAACCCGAGGUACCACUGUACUUAUCAAAAUUGCAGUUUGCAGUGAUCAUCUUAAGAAGGCAUUCUUCCUCUUGCACAUGGGAAGAAUAUCUCGCUUCUAAAUGAAGCACACUACUGGCUUUAGAAAUAACAUUUCUGUGCAAAUGUCCAUUUAAUUGAUAAAUUAAUCAAUUGAAAAUGUCUUUGAUCAGGGUACUUCCCUAAUUUUCAUACCCUUUUAAAAUUUGAUACAGUGGAUACAAUUUCUUGCUAAGGAAUUAUAAGUGAAUUGCAUUGGGGAAUAAGCUCAGUCUGACCCAGUUUGCUGUAUUUUUUCCUGUUUUCACAUUUUCAGUGUGUGGGACUAGGGAUUUAAGUAGCUUGCAAUGAUAUCUGUGGCAAGAGCAGCUGGUGUGGGUGGGUGGGUUGUUCGCCUCCCAGCAUUGGUGUCACUGUAGCUUACCAGGGUUGGGGAUGAGGUGGCAGGGAGUUUGGUGCUGGCCACACCAGCAGGAGCUGGCCACACUGCUCCACAUCUUCCUUCUGGUAAGCCACAAUGAUGCCACUGCCUCCCGUACCCGCUGUUCGCUCCUGAUUGGUCGGAUUUCUUUUCAAGCAAAUAUGCAAUUGACCUGGAUGUAAAAUGCACCAAAAAAUAUUUGUGGCCUGCCGAUUUUCACUCUUCAUCACUGACAGAUGUAUAUCUCUCUGUUUUGCAUUCCAGCUGUUUACACACUAAUGUCGUACCGACGGAUAUUUCCAUGCUCAUCCGUGUUCUUUCCUUGCUUCCUAACUCCUACAUGGAUGAAGUCAUAGUCACUCGAAUGGAGGCUGUAAUGCCUCAGUGCAGCCUGAGCGAUUUGAGUUCCUUCGCCACAGCUGUUACGAAAUGGAUUCGACGUGAUCAGCCCUAUCAGCAAAGCCCCACGGUGCAGUACGGAAAACUUUUGCAAAAAGUCAAUAAUUGUGCACUUGAGAGACUUCAGAAAGCCAACGAUCUGGAUCUUCUGUUAGACGAGUUGAAAUACAUAUCUGGAGACUGGUUUGAAGAAAUGCUCCUUGAGGAAACCAUGGUUGCUCUUCAGCGCUUGGCAGGCCAGAUUACAUGGACAAAUGUGACAGAGUUGUCAUCUUUUUUUGCCAGAACUUCCUAUCUCUGCGUUCCAUUACUUGAUAGAAUAGCUGCCGUUACCGUUCAGCAUAUAGAUAAGGUACUAACGACACAUGAUCAUUUCAUCUCCCUUGAAAGUGAUAGCACAAACAGCAUGCAGUGUUACGUUUCAUGUGUAUUCUUAUUUGGACAUAGUUUAUCAGAGCUGUGUCCCCCCCUCCCCCCGGUGUAUUGGGUCUGCAUUGCACACUACGCUGAGUGAUUUGAUUGCUACUCCGGGAACAUGUAUAACUUGCUCACAUUAGGGAGAGACUGAAGACGAGGAUCCAUUUUAUAGAAAGCAUAUCCCCAUUUACACGGGUCUUAUAUUCCAAAUCCCCGUGUGCAUCAGUGAAGUUGCAUACAAUGGGGGAAUCGGCUGUCGGCUCAACAAAGCCCCACUGAUGUGUGGGGAAGGAACUCAAUGAUGUUUGCAGACCACUUCCUUAACUUUUGUUGCUUUUUGAAUAAUAAUAAUACCCCGCCUAUCUGGCUGGAUUUCUCUGGGCAGUUCCCAACAGAAUAUUAAAAACACGAUAAAACAUCAAACAUUAAAAACUUUCCUAAACAGGGCUGCCUUCAGAUGUCUCCUAAAAGUCAGAUAGUGGUUUAUUUCCUUGACAUCUGAUGGGAGGGCGUUCCACAGGGUGGGUGCCACUACUGAGAAGGCCCUCUGCCUGGUUCCCUGUAGCCUCACUUCUCGCAAUGAGGGAACCACCAGAAGGCCCUCAGAGUUGGCCCUCAGUGUCCGGGCUGAACGAUGGGGGUGGAGAUGCUCCUUCAGGUAUACUGGAGGAAUUAUUAAAAUCUGGCAGACAUACGUGGUAAAUGCUGACUGUCCUUUUCUCCCCCACCCCCUUGCUUUCUUCUCUAGGUUUACAGUUCUGAGAUUUACUCUGUUCUCCGUCCCUUUGCUACUCUAAAUUAUGAUCCUCCCCAGAGUGAAGAGUUUUUUGAGGCUUGCCUUCAGCACUUGAGCUCUUGCUUGGGUAAGUUCAUCAGAGAGGAAUGGUAGCCGGGUGACAUUCCCCCCAAGGUGCCAAUUGGCAGUGUGAUGAGUGCACAAGGCCAAAUAAAAUCUCUUUUUGAAUCAAAGAAAACUGAUACAAUUCAGAACCUUCUGUUGUUGUUUUUUGGGAGGCCGCGGGGGGACGGGGGACGACGACGUUGUGCUAACUAUUCUAAACAUUGGUAGGUAGAAUGAAUUUAAACUGGUGAGCAGUGAAGUGGCAGCUCUUCCUUUCCCCAUCUUUCAAAAUGAGCACAGUGCUAAGCAGGAGCACAUUUUAAACUAUUUGUGCUUGCUGAUACAAAAAUACCCCCACAGAUUUUAAGACAAGGAUUCAUUUGGUUAUUUCCUGUAAAGGGCGCUUAUGAAGCUGCUGCUGCAAACGUGCCGCUCGCAAUGUGGGAAGACCCAGUUGCACAGCCUUAGGCACGGCAAUGUAUGGAGAAGGGGCUGGCAGGCAAGGACUGGGUGAAUACAAGUGUGGGAGUACUAGCAGUGAUUUUCUUACAUAAACCAUGCUGGAGAGGAUGUGGGCGAGGGAUCUAUUAUUGUGUCCAAAUUAACGUCAAGGCCAACAGCAUGAAAAUAAGCUCUAUCAGUGUACAGUUAAUUGGGUCGUUUUUAGGACUGUGACGUUUGCCAUCACAUUCUUCCUUCUGUGAUGGUUCCCCACUGUUUUCCACCCGUCCUGUUCCCAGUCUCUAUAUCCCUGUUCCUUCUGUUCCUCCGGACCAUUACAAAAUCUGAACGUCAGUUUCCAGAAGCAGAAUAAAUAAGCAAAUGUAUGUAAAAACACUCAACAUUUUAGACUUGUUCAUGUGUCACUUGUGUGUGGGGUGUAGCUGUUGAGAAAGGAACAGGGAUGCACUUUUAUCCCCACCCUUGAUAAGUUCCUGUGGCGAGGAAGGGGCUCUGUGUGAUUGUAUGGGUGUGGAGAGUUCUAGUUUCCUAUCUGUUUCUCCACUUCUUCAGAGAUACUGUCAGUUAAAGGAUACACUAAUAUAUUUGUUUUAUACAGGUAGUUUUGAACCGCAUCUCCUUGUGCUGCUUGGUUUUGCUUUGGCUGUUGCUGAGUAUUUUCCAGAGAAUGUGAUAAAGGCUAUAUUUAACAUCGAAUUUUUGGCCAAACUAGAUGCCCAGCUUGAAAGUAAGAAAUAAUUACAAAUUUUAACAAGACUCUUGCAUUUUGUAAGAGAUUGUGUGUAUGUGUUUUCUUUUGCUCAGAACAGGAAUAGCCAACUGUAUUUUUUGAUACUACCGUCUUCUUGGUUUCAAAUAAUCUACCUUGGAAUAAUAUUCCUAUGUUUGAGUUAGGUUAUUUUCAACAAACCACGGUUUGCCAGUUCAGAAACAACAAACCAUGGUUGAGCCUGAAGCUUGCCUAGAAUACUGUUUCAUGGGAUAUGCAGGUGUGACCAUAUCCUCCACAUGUAAAAAUUGGCAAAGCACAAUGAUUCUUUUCUUCAGAUACAUACUCUGCCUUGUUGCAUAGCGAGUGUGCAACAUGCAAUUCAGAUAUUAUCUACCUAGGAGAAAUAUCAACCUACUUAGUAUUUCUUCCUCUUGCAUACUACUCCCCAACACCAUCAUGGGAAGGAAGUAAAAUCUGAUUCAGGCUAAACUGUGUUUUAAAUGUCUUCUCUUUCCACCCAGCUUGAAGGAAUAAGGAUUUUCAGUUUUGAUUAUAAAUGAGGUUACUUGUUUAGAGAAUCAUACAGCAGCCUUGAGUCAGGUAGUUCUUCCCAUAAAUGCUCCCCCAAGCUAGGUCAGGAGUGAAACAUUACUUUCAUUUUGUUUUUAAAAUGAAGGUACAGUUAAAACUAGCAUUUUAAUUUAGUCUGUUCAACUAUAAAUUUUCAUCCGAUUGAGACUUCAUUUAUUCAUUUGGGCAUUUCUGUACUAAUCAAUCCACUACAUGUCAUCUGGCAGUUUCCAUUUUUACUCAGAUGUAAGUCCCACUUUUCUUGGUGAAGCUUUGUUCACUGUGCGUAGAAUAAUACCUUUAUUACUUGCUUACUUUCAUCCCCCCUGUGCCCUCUCUAAAUGGGGGAAGGAGGAGAAGGCAUGGUGGACCCCCCGAGUUGUGGCUAUGUUUGUGAGGAAGUUGUCCUCUGCAUCAGCAGCACCAAGACAGAACAGUGAUUUUCCUUUUCCCUCCCAGAGGGGAAAAGAGGAACGAAGAUCUCCUCACCUUCUCUAUCGUCUCUUUGAAAUGCUUGUAGAAUAGGAGCCCUCAAAAUUCCAAACAGCCAGAAUAUUUUAAAAGCCAAAAAGGGUAACAAUGCUUCUCGGCUUCAUAAAGAAACCCAGAGUGAAUUUUGACUUCUGGUUGUUGUUUUUUUGCUGAAGCCCUAUACCAAUUGAGUAUGAAUUAAACGGGGCUCUAUGUAAGGUUGUGAUGAUCAAUGUCUUUUCCCUUCUGCACGGAUUCAUUUUUUAGAAAGCGCUACUAGUUCUCAGAAACUGCUGCUUCUGCAGAGUUGCAAGGCUACCUCCACAGCCUGGCUAUUCACAAGAGUAGUGUUGGAAGGCGGUGUUGGCGAGGUAUAUCAGACCCCAUACCUGUACCAGCUUCGUAUUAGACCUGCUGCCAGCUGGCUGUGAGGGCAGCUUGGGAAUCUGUGGAUCCCAGGCCAUCUUAGCCCUCAGAAGGCCCCAUUUUGUGGGCUAUCCAUUGGGCUCUGCCAACAGGGGUAGGGUGAGUGGAAGGCAGGAGGUCUGUAACAGUGGAGGUGUCAGGCAGAGGAGGAAUGGUGGAGACCACUUCCCCAUCCUGACCCAGGGAGGAAGGAGAGGAAGACAGUAUAGAUUUACAACAGGGGUUUGAGGGAGGAAGCAGCUCGGAGGCAGAUGAGGGGGAAAGUUGGGAAAUCAUGGGAGAGCCAGAGCAGCUGGCUGACAUGUUGUCAUUAGAAAGCAUUUCAGACCCUCUAUCUAUCUGCCAGAACUCGGUGAGCCUUAAAAGUAGGAGAGCAAAGAGCUCAAAGACAGAGGGCACUUAGUGGCACCUGUAGAAGUGACAAAUAAGGAAGUGGGAGAGACAGGGGUGUGUGUGGAGAUUCACUUGGGACAAUGCUAUUAUCCAAGAGGCUGGGUCCUAUAGCCUCUCUCUGUAAAGAUUGAAAUAAAAAAGGACUGUGAGAACCUUUUCCUUGUCUUUAUAAUCUCCUGGGCAACCAGCCGGGAGCCGCUGACAGCAUCCUGACAGGAGGCUGGCUGAGCCAGCAGAAGCAAGCAGAGGGAUGCCUCUGUUCAGUUCAGUGCCCCCACAGCCCAGUGUACAGUGGUGGGGGGGUUGGAUUGCAGCUUAAGAGACUUCUGAUUUGCUUCUGCGGCCGUGUCCUUUGUCUGAAGAGCUGCUUGCUUUUGUACUUACAGAAGUGCUGUCAGGCGUACAGUGGUGUAAAUAGUGUUCGUUUUUCCCCUCCAUUUUUUAAAAAAACCAGCACUACCGGGUUCCUUAAACCGGAGGGUCCGCUUACGGCUGAUGGAACUGAACCGAGCGGUCUGUUUGGAGUGCCCGGAGCUCCAAAUUCCAUGGUUUCAUGAGCGCUACUGUCAGCAACUACAGCGAAAAGGUGAAUAUUUAACCUUUUAAAUGACAGUUGCAUUAUGGGUGCCUCAGUCCAUUAAAAAAAACACCUUUACAGAGUCACAUUUAUUAAAACUCAUAACAUUUCAGAAAUGGCUUAAACUUCAGUUAUGUCCUUGUCAGCCUGCUAUGAAGUGCUAUAUGAAGUUAUUUUUUAAAAAAACAAACAAACAGAAAAGAUGCUGACAAGCUCAGGGUAAUAUCCAUUUGGUACCCUUGCAUAACGUAUCUGCUAAUGGAAGAAUGCAAGAGGUGAUCCCCCCCCCCCAUUUCCUCUCCCCACUGAAGCCCAUAGCACCCUCUGAAAAUCUGCUCUGGAGGGUUGGGGAAUCUCCAGGAUGGGUUGGGAGUUGGCAUGGGGCGGGGGGACAAAUUGGCAAAGAUCGCCUCCCUUCUUCCUUUAGCAGAUGCCUCUACUGGAACAAAAGCUCAAGGAGCAUCGCCUGGAUUCCACCUUCUGAUAAUGUAACAUGCGUCGUUCUUGUAGAGUGAUUCGUGAUAUUUUGUUCUGUCUUCCCUUUGCUUCUGAUCUGGUUUUUAUGCUUUGUUUUUGUUUUCACCCCCAGGCAGUGGUAGUCUUAGCGCGUUGCAACAGCAGAUUCACGGACUGCUGGGAGAAAUUUUGGGAGGAAGCCACUUUGCCAAGGUGUCUGUUCUCACUCCAUACUACUACGGAAUCGGUGGGUGUUUAAUUCAUGGGAAAUCCUCUGUGGUUCAGUGUUUCAUGGGAAACUCUCUCAAAACAUUUCUCAAAUGUACAGAAGCAAGUCCUGGCUACCCCAGAGGCUUUCCAGACAAUCUGUUUAUAGUUAUCUGAAUGCAGUGUUGUUUAUUUUUCCUUAUUGAAGGCCUGUCCUGAUUCACAGGCCCAAAGGAGGGCCCGUGCGAGUGGUUUGAUGCAGGGAUACCAAAGAAGGAUGCCUCCAACACUGUCAGGGCCAGUUCUUGUGCUGGGGCAACCCAGCCAGAUGAGCGGGGUAUAAAUGAUAAAAUUAUUAUUACAGUGGUACCUCGGGUUACAUACGCUUCAGGUUACAGAGUCCGCUAACCCAGAAAUAGUAUCUUGGGUUAAGAACUUUGCUUCAGGAUGAGAACAGAAAUUGCGCAGUGGCGGCAGCGGGAGGCCCCAUUAGCUAAAUUGGUGCUUUAGGUUAAGAACAGUUUCAGGUUAAGAACAGACCUCCGUAAUGAAUUAAGUAUGUAACCAGGGGUACCACUGUAGUAGUAGUAGUACUUAUAUACUUUUAUUUAUAAGCUAUUCAAAAAACAAAACAGCAGUUUACAACAAUUCUACUUAAAACCACACAAUACAGCUAUAUAGAGCGCAUUGCAUUAAUCCAGCCUCUGGGUUACCAAUGUACGGGAUACAGUGGCCAGGCUCUUGCAGUUGCUGGAUGCAAUGAGGUAGUAUGAGAGUCUUGACAACUGUGCUCCCCACCCACUUUUGUAGCAUUUCAUGUUGUUUUAAAGUUUAAAUUGUAUUUUAACUCAGCCUUUUGAGUGCAGCCGUGAAAAUUCCUCCCCUGAUUCCUCGCCCCCAAGCAGAAUUCCUCACAACUAGGCUACUCCCUAACUUUCCCUAUAAAAUAGCUACUGCAUUUGCAUGAAACUUGUGGAAACUGUUGGGCCAUGGAUAGAAAUGCGGUUGGGUGAUGCUUUGCAUCUUUUGGAUAAUAAGCCCCAGUGAGGAGCAUAUUUAAUUGAAAUCAGUAGCACGUCCUUCCAAGUAAUUGUGCUCAGGAUCUUGGUGUGAAAAGUUGUACUAGUGAAAUCAGUGGGACUGGAGUGACAUAAGCAGUAAAUAGACAGCCUGUGUGUAACAGAGAAGUUUUGCUUAUAGGUUUUCUUUUCUUGUAAGUGGUGGCCUGUGUAACUAUUAUCCUAACCUUAAAUAGUGAGUGAGUGCUCUGGGAGCUAAAGUAUUGUUGAAGCAAAGUAUGAGCCUGGUGAGUACCUGGAUUGUAGAUCACUGGAGCCCCACGUAAGCUGUUUCAUGCUUUACUUAAGAGUCUGCUCUUAAGUAUACAGCUCUUAAGUAUAUACGUGUGUCUGAAUAUACAGUAGUAGUGCUUGAGUAACAUUGUGGUUUGUAAUAUUGCACUGGUGGAGGAGUCAUGCCCCACUGUAAACAUUAACUUCCUAUUGUGACAAGUCCUGAGAUGAUAAUUUUUAUUUCAGACUUUGAGUGUAUUCUUGAUAAAAACAAGAAGCCUCUUCCACAUACCGAACAGAUUGUUGUCAUGGCUGACUUGAAGGGAAUGCACUGGGAGCAAGAUGGCCUGUUGUUGGGAAGGAAAGGGCUGCCGCCCGGAGCUCAGAGGUGGUUACAUAUUUUCUGUGUGCUUCUAUGGUCAAUAGUCCAUCUUCUUUCGUACUGUUUUAUGCCAAGUACAAAUUCAGGGAAGGCUGAUCUGUCCCAUUGUACGUAUCUGACUCCACUUGCUCCUAAAGAGUAAGUGAGAGGCAAAUUGCACUUACAACUUUAGUCGCUAACAACAACAUUUAAAAUAACAGCAUUAAAAGUCGGUUGCUCCUUACUUUGGCCUGAACCUGAGUGCAAACUUCUGUUGCUAUUUAAACUGGGAAGCAUAUCUUCGCAUCUGCGUGUGCUCUUCAGCCGUUAAUAUUUUUGACUUUGAAUAAAAUGCUACAUUGUGAAAUGCACUAAGCUUUAUUACAAGGCCCUUAGGGUUCUUGGACCAAGGCAAGCUGAGUUGAAAUAAAAAAGGGCGUUUAGAAGGAUAUUUCAUUUCCUCCCUUAAUUUACUGCAAUUUAUUCUGGAUAGACACCUUCAUUGAGUCUACACCAUUCCUAAUGUAGAAACUCCCUUAUUGAUAGGGCAACCUAUAUUUGCUUUAGUUACUUGCUCAAUGGAAAGUUAAUUUCUAGCUGGCUGUGUUGUUAAAGAGCGUCCGUUUUAGUAUUCCUUGAACUUCAUUUGCUCUGAAGAAAUCUUGUUAGAUUUUAUUGUUGUUCUGGACAUAUGCCACAUAUUUGCAGAGACUGAUGCACAUUGAGAUGUGACAGAUCUCUCUUGUUCAGGGUUAACCUUUCCAUUUCAGUGGAGUGAGGUAUUAUUUAAGUGUGCAAAGGAAUAAACAUAGGUUGUCUCCCUCUACUGAAAAGAACUGUGAAAGUUCUCCUUGGCAGGGAAACUGGAGGCAUCAGCCUUCAGAGGCCCCUUGCUCAGAAGAGACUGAUGCAUUUGCAGUUUACAUUGCAAUACAUGUUUUAAUAUGAUAAAACUCUGCACUUUCCCUUGCCUCUUUUUACUUCUGAGGUGAGACAUACAUACAGUUUCAGGAGUUUUUUGCCCCUAUUAUCUAAAGGGCUCACUUUAGAUUCUGAGUAGAUUCUGUUUUCAGAUUGUUGAACCUAUAAUCAUGCACAUAUGAUUGUAUUGUAUUCAGAAUUGCAGUGGAUUUUCUGGAUUCAAAAGCCUUUUGUAAGAACUUGAAUCACCUGAAAGGAGAAGCUGCUAUGAAAAAGCGACAUUUGGAGAUUCUAGGAUACCACGUUGUUCAGGUAUGUUGUCCUCUGGAUUUUGUAUCAGUAUUGCACAUACCGUAUUUUUCACACUAUAGGGUGCACCGGCCCAUAGGGCGCACUUAUUUUUUGAGGGGGGAAAUAAAGAAAAAAAAAUUUAUUUCCCCCCCGAGCCCCAAAGAGCAAAGAAGACAUGACAGCGAGCGGGAUGGAUUUUAGCCUCGGUGCUGGGGGUCCGGGAGCGAAGGCGAGGUUGCGCUCAACCUCGCCAUUGCUCCCAGAGCUUGUGGGGCUGGGGGCGGGGGAAGCCUGAGCUUCCCCCGACCCCAGCCCCCAGAACAGGCUGUUGCCCGCAAGCCUUGGGAGUUCCCGCCGGGCUCGCAAGGCUUGCGUACAUUUGCGCGAAGCACGGGGCGCACUCCGGAGUGCGCCCCGUGCUUCGGGCUGCAGGUUGCUGCCCGCAAGACUUGCGAGCCCGGCAGGAGCUCCCGCCAGGCUCCCAAGGCUUGCGGAUAGCUUCCUGAAGCCUCUCGCUCUCCAGGCUUCAGCGAAAGCCUGCAUUUGCCCCAUAGGACGCACACACAUUUCCCCUUCAUUUUUGGAGGGGAAAAAGUGCGUCCUAUAGGGCGAAAAAUACGGUAAUUUCAGAGUUAUCUAACAAUAUGUCAAUAUUCUUUAUUUGAAAGUUUUUUAUCAUAAAUAUUGAGGGCUGUGUUCUGCUUCUACUCAGGGUAGACCCAUUGAAAGUUCCUUCUUCCAAAGGUUGCUUUCUCUUCUUCUCAAGUUGAAUAUUAUUAUUGUUACCACCACCACCCCUUCCCAUAUGGUCUUGCAAUCUAAAAACAGACCAGGGGUGGAGGUGGGGAGACAGCAAAGGGGGAAAGAUGGAAACAGAGGCAGGAAUAAAAAGGAAGAAGAUGCCAUUUUCCCCCCAGUUGCUCAUGUUUGGAUUUAGAGUGGGACUUAGAGCUUGAAAGUUAUUCCAGAGGCUUCAGCAAAAAGAUGGGCUUUGGUUUGAGGAAAGUAAGAGAGGUUAUUUAAACUUAUACAACUGAAUAAAAAGUAGAGAAGUUACAUUGAGUUUUAAAAAACAUUGAAAAGAAUUACACAGUUGGAAGAUGUGUUAUCAAGUUCAUCUCACAACCUGUGGACCUCCAUACGUUGUUUUACAACAAUUCAUAUUAUCCUUGCUCUUUGGCUAAGCUGCCUAGGGGAGGGGUCAGCAAACUUUUUCAGCAGGGAGCCGGUCCAAUGUCCCUCAGACCUUGUGGGGGGCCGGACUAUAUAUUUGGGGGGGUGAACAAAUUCCUUUGCCCCACAAAUAACCCAGAGAUUUUAAAUAAAAGGACACAUUCUACUCAUGUAAAAACACGCUGAUUCCCAGACCGUACGUGAGCCGGAUUUUGAAGGUGAUUGGGUCGCAUCCGGCCCCCGGGCCUUAGUUUGCCUACCCAUGGCCUAGGGCUUCCAACAUCUGGGGACCAGGGCUGCUAUAGUGAAUACUAUUGGGUCAUACUUGCUGAAACUUUCGAAGUAUUCUUUUCAUUCUGUUUUUGCUACCUAAUAUGAAUAAUCUUUCCUUACAAUAAGUGGACGAAUGAGAGCAUCUGCCUGGCAGCUACCUACUUUGUUUUCGUAUCUUACCACAUUUACCAAUAUUCUUCAUAGUACUGUAUGGUAUUUGCAGCCUAUUAUAGCUAAAAAGGAAGGGAGACACCUUUUUUCAGAUGAGUUCCCUAUCACAAGCACUUCUGUUUGCGCAAUAGGGCUCCCCCCCUGCCUUUAAGGAUAUGUAAAACCAUGGGCAGACAUUUAAGGAACUUCCUGCUCUGUAUGAAUUCAAUUGAGGUCUGGAGAGAUGGGUAUCUUCCGAGCAACACCUUAGUAUUGAUAUAGUUAGCUAUGACCAAGGCUGCAGCGCUGUGUCAACUUACUCAAUGAGUACCGUAUUUUUCGCCCUAUAGGACGCACUUUUUCCCCUCCAAAAAUGAAGGGGAAAUGUGUGUGCGUCCUAUGGGGCGAAUGCAGGCUUUCGCUGAAGCCUAGAGAGCGAGAGGGGUCGGUGCGCACCUACCCCUCUCGCUCUCCAGGCUUCAGGAAGCACUCUGCAAGCUGUGGGAGGGCUGCGCAAAGUCGCGCAGCUCUCCCACGGCUUGUGGAGAGCUGCCUGUUCUGGGGGCUGGGGUCAGGGGAAGCUCGGGCUUCCCCCCGCCCCAGCCCCGCGCCUGGGGGGGAAAUAAUUUUUUUUUCCUUUAUUCCCCCCCAAAAAAAACUAGGUGCGCCCUAUGGGCCGAAAAAUACGGUAAGUAGAACUUACUUUUGAGUGAAUAUGCAUCUUUCCAUUGAAAGCAGUCAGCUUAUUGGGAUGAUCCUGUUCUUUAGCCUCAGUGCAUAUGGAAUACUGUUCAGUUUCCUAAACUUAGGUGACCAAGUGCUCUGUAACAGGAAACUUGACUAGUGUUAUGUCUGAACAUGUUUUCACUUAUCAUGUUCCCCUCCAAAUCAGUUUACAACCAGAUCUAGAAGCAGCCAUGUAACUAUGCCGAUACAACAGAGAUUCUUGUUAAAAACAAGUAUCUUGAUAGGUUUCCCUUGCUAUAUUUCUACAGUAAACUUUAUUUUAUUUCAGAUCCCUCAUUUUGAAUGGAACUCCAUGGAGCUGUCAUCAAAGGAGGCAUGGAUGGAGUAUCUAAAGAAUAAAAUAUAUGAAAAGGUUUGA